AUGGGAUGUUGUUGUGGUAAAGAAAAAAAAGAAAAAGUUGAGCCAGUGGACAGUGGUAAAUCUAUGAAGAAGCUGGCGAAAAAGAAGGAUGUAGAUCAUGUAGAUUCAAAACCAACUUCAUUGUAUGUCGGCGCAGAGAAAUACGAUAAACGUGAAUUGGAGGAAAGACUUCAGGAAAAUCCAAACGAUGUCGAUGCACUAACGACACUCGGUGUAGUUCUAGCAAACGAAGGACGUGACAAAGAAGCACUCGAAGCUCUCAAAAAGGCAACCGAAAUCGACAAGGAAUCAUCAAAGAGUUGGGUCGCAUACGCAGAGUUUUACGAACGUAAAAAAGAUCCAAAGAAAGCACAAGAAAUAUAUAAAGAAGGAUAUAAAUACGCAUCACCAAAGAUUGCUUUGGAUUCAAAUGACUCUGAUUUAAUGUUACACUAUGCUUUGAAUUGUCAGAAUCGUGGUGAUAUGGAAAAGGCAGAGAAGUUGUUUAGAAAGGUGAUAACUUCUGGUCCUACCAAUGUUCGUGGACUUGGAUUAUACGCAACGUUUGUACUACAACACGAAAAGGAUAUUGAGAAAGCAAGCAACUACUUCAAGCAGGCUGCUGACGUCGAACCUGCUUCAGCCUACUGGUGUCAACGUUAUGGUGAAUUCCUUCGUGAUAAUCUAAAGAAUACACAAGAAGCAAACAUUUACUUUAAGAAAUCUGCAUUAGCUGUAUAA